CUGACCUCUUGCCACAGUCGCGCUCGAACGCGUCCCUCGUCUUGGAUACCCUUCAACAUGUUCUACUCCGAAGCGAUACUUUCUCGCCGUGGGCCGCUCGCAAAAGUAUGGCUCGCCGCUCACAUGGAGCGCAAGCUGUCCAAAACCCAGACGCUGCAGACCGAUAUUGAGCAGUCAGUUGACGCGAUCGUGGGCCAGGAAAUCGAAGUCAUGGCCUUGCGGCUCAGUGGCCAGCUGCUGCUUGGUGUGGUCCGGAUAUACAGCCGAAAGGCAAAAUAUCUGUUGGAUGAUUGUAAUGAAGCGUUGUUGAAAAUCAAGAUGGCUUUCCGUCCUGGUAUCGUGGAUAUGACGGAGGACCAAUUGGCCGUUAAUCGCAACGCCAUUACGCUGCAGGGUAAUAACCUUGAUCUCGAUGCCUUUUUGCCCGAUAUUCAUUGGGAUAUGGAUUUUGACGACCGUCCCGUUCAACCGGGUGGUCAGCACAUAGCUAAAGCUGCGGAUAUCACACUGGCCACAGCCGAUGAUUUCAAAUUCGGUCUUGACGAUCCUGGCUACGGUUUUGACCUCGGCCCCUCAGACGGAAUUGGUUCUAACGACUAUGAGCCUCUCGGCAUCGAUUUCGGUGAAGGCCCUCUCAGCGAACAUCAAGGGGAGUCUCACUUUGGGGACGACAGCAUGAGCAUCGAGGUAGGCCGUGACGCCGUGGCGCCGCGAGCACCGCGCGAUUCGUUGGACUCCCAUCUCCUCGGUAAACCAGGUGCAGAUACGGACUUGGAUCUCAUGUCUGUACGGAGCAGAGAGGCGUCUGAACACCCCUUCGGUGGAGACAUGGAUUUGGAUUUUGGCCCAGAUGCAGGUGGCAUGGACAUUGAUCUUGGUCUCAGCUUCGAGCCUUUCAACGAACAGGCUGCAACACCUCGUACACCUCGUCUGACGCCUUCGCGAGCAUCUUCCCCUCUCACAGAACCGCCACAGACACCACCACCAGACGUGGAACUGACGCCUCAGGUGGACGCUCAAGCUCAGGAGGCUAAGGUAAAGAAGAGAAAAGAGAAGAAGCAGAUUAUUGACGCGGUGACCGAGCUCGCGAACGGACCCGGAGCGAGGGUCGGACGUGGACGUAAUGCAGGCCUUGGCUCCCAGGUAGCGGCAGAUGUCAGCAGCAUUGUGACUGAGCACCACUACCUGCCUCGUUCUGCAACCGUCAUGCGUCUCCUCGAAAUUCGCGGCGAUCCGAUUGCUCAUUUCCUCCCUACGAAAGUGACGCCUCACGGCACGUUCUUUUCUGCUGCACCGCCUGGCCUAGCUCCUCAACUAGCAGACCUGUUCCUGCGUCCCCUGCAGAGUCUCUCGAACGCUAAGCGCCGCAAUGAACAAGAGGAGAAACCUCCAAGCAAGAGACCAAGGCUUGAGGGCAGCGUCGUUGGCGAUGAUGACGAGGUUGAGCUGCCGCGACGUGCUGCGAGCCGGGAAGAGAGUCUUAUGUUGGGAAGUGAUGUGCUGGGACAACGGAGCGUCGCUCCUGAGGAGUUCGACAUUAUUGCUGGCCUUGACAGCUUCCAGAUGCCCGAAUUCGAGAUGGCGGGCAAUGAGCUCGAGCGCGCGCGCUCCAAGUCUCUGGCGCUGUCGGAGUUGAGUCGAUUGUCGACUCCUCCACCAGACGGUGUGCCGGUCGAAGAGGGCGAGGAGUCAUAUGCGGAUAUGGCUUGUCCCAUUGCGGCCUUCGACGAGCGGACGUCGCAGAGUCAGGGCACGGAAAGUGCACCUGGUCAGGGCGACGACGCGUCUGGCUACAGCAAGAACACUGUCAAGGCAUUGUCUGUUAUUCGAAGAGAGUUGCAGCCCGUUGUUGGCCAGCAGCGGCGCGAGAAGGUAAUGAGCUUCAAGAGGAUGUCUCAGAAGGCCAGUCGCCGAGCUGCAUCUGCAUUCUUCUUUGAGCUGCUUGUCCUGGGAACUCGAGACUGCGUGAAGCUCUCUCAGACUGCUCCAUUCGAGAACAUCGAGAUCCGCGCGAAGGACAAACUUUGGGAACGUCAGCGACACGGCUCUGUCGCUCCAUCGCUCUCUUCUGGUUUGCCCCAAUCAUCACUAGCUGCCUCCGCUGCCAGCACUCCUAGACGAGGAGGCUCCAUCGCUCCGUCGAUUUCUUCUGCAUUUGGUCUGUGAUAUAUGACACGUUUGAUGCUUGGCUUCCGUCGCGAUCUUCGUACUAUCUCACUCUAUCUUGUCCCCUCUGAAUUUUUGGUCUUUUGGAGAGUUGCAACGGCUCUUCUCCUUUUGAUACGAUGCUCUUGAUAUUGAUUUGUCACAUCGGUGUGGUUGCAGCACAUAAGUAGUACCUGUUUUUCUAGCCGUCACAUAGCUAUAGCCGGUCGUAAUGACCAUCCAAGGGUAAGGACGUAUGCUAGUGUCAUUGAACCUGUAUCAGAUAUUGGAACAUCACACCUUUCUGAGAUAUAAUAUUUUAUCGGCUUGACAGCCGGUACUUGUUUGCUUCCG